AUGGCGCAGGCAUCCAGGAGUUGCCCAGGGGCGCACACGGAGAGAGCCAACCUGACGGCAACGGUCUCGCCGGAAGCGCCGACAGCCCUGACGACGCCGACGCCGACGCCGACGCCGACGCCGACUCCUGGCGACAGCGCCGCCCACGCAACCGGCAACGGCAGCAGCACUGCAGACUCGGAGGACCCCGACUCCGUGGAUUACUACUCCGGCUACGACUACCCCGACCUAGCCAACUACUCGCAAGACGACCUAUCGAGCGUGGAGCCGGGCGUGAUCCCGGUGCCGAGCACCCUGGACGACGAUGACGACGACGUCGACAACGAGGUGCCGGGCGUCAGGGGGCAGGCGGUGCGGCCGGAGUGGCGGCCCGGCGCGCCAGACCCCGACCUGCACGACCACGACGUCAUCGACAGCGUCAUGUACAUCUACUUCGGCCAGCAGCGCCAGCUGCAGCUGGAGCGCGAGCAGCGCACCAGGACCUCCUGGCGGGUGCUGGUGGCGGGCACAGUGGCCGCCAUGGUGGCGCAGGUGCUGACGCUGCUGGCGGCGGCACGGAGGCUGCGCGAGCGGCCCAGGGACUGCUCGGCCGCGAUACUUCUCAACACCGAGGCCGCCCUCGCCACUGCCAGCCUCGUCUUCCUGUCCGGUGUACAGGCGACGCGGUCCCGGCAGCUGUGUGAGGCCGUGUCGCUGGUGCUGCAUUACGUGCACCUGGCGGCCGCGUGCUGGCUCUUCACCAUCAGUGUGCAUGUGCUCCAUCGCCUGCGAAGCCGCUGCCGGCAGCUACUGUCGCUCGCCUGCCCACUCGCUUGGCUGCUGCCCGCCCUCGUUGUAUUGGGCUGCUACCUGUUCAAUCCGCACAGCUACGAGACGCGCCGUUUCUGCUGGAUGUCUGUGGAGCGAGGCAUGAUGUUCUCCUACCUGGUGCCCGUCGCCUCGCUCAUCUUUGCGAACACGGUGGUGACGGUGGCGUGCGUGCGCGAGCUGGCGCGCCGCGAGCUGCUGGAGAAGGCGGCGCCGUGCGCGGACGAGUGCUGGUGCGGCGAGGGCGGCGAGCCGGCCGACUCCGCGCUGUGCCUGGCCGGCGGCGCCGACGAGCCGGAGGGCGGCGGCCCGCAGCUGGGCCAGCGCGUGCUGCGCCGCUGCGCCUGGCUGCUGCCGCUGUUCGCCGUCGCCUGGUUCCUCAGCGUCGUCGCGCUCGAGAACCCGCACGCCCUCACGCUCUCCUUCCUGCACGGACUCACCACCGGCAUACUCAACUGGUACAUGUUCAUGAGUGUGUCGGCGGUGAUGACGCCGUGUGAAGACCCGCCAGCGGCUGUGACUGCCCCCGCCACCGUCAUCUCCGCCCCCGAGGCGCCGGCAGCCGGGCUGCAGCUGAGCCGGGAAUCCCUGGACUGCCAGCCGCUGCUGGGGGCGGAGCUGCCGCCUCCGGGGGCGUGGCCGGCGGGGCCCAGCGCCGGCGCCGCCGCAUCCGCCCAGAGGCCCAGCAUCGCGCAGCGCCGGGGCGAGCUGCUCGAAAUGAGUCUCGACUGCAUCAGCACCAUCAGCGCGUAG